GGGAGGAAGCACCCUGCCGGUCUCCUAGGUCGUGAGCGCUGGGCUCCUCCCCCUCGGUGCCCACACCUGGCGGUGGGGCGUGCCUCAGUUUCCUCCACCUCCGCCCCUCCCCUUUUUCUCUUCUUCCUCUUUGGGUAGCUGGUGGCCGCGCGUCGAGCACUCCCGGAACUGAAGCUGGGCGCCGGACGAUCGGGAGGCGGGGGCCACGUCAACGGGGCGGCGGGGGGCUCGGCGGGCUGGCCGGCUGAGCCAUGCGGCGGGGCGCGCUCCUGGCGGGUGCCCUGGCAGUAUACAUCGCGUACCUGGUGCUGGGCGCGCUGCUGGUGGCCCGGCUGGAGGGGCCGCACGAAGCCCGCCUCCGAGCCGAGCUGCGGAUGCUGCGCCAGCAGCUGCUGCGGCGCAGCCCGUGUGUGGCCGCCCCCGCCCUGGACGCCUUCGUGGAGCGGGUGCUGGCGGCCGGACGGCUGGGGCGCGCCGCGCUCGCUAAUGCCUCCGGGUCUGCCAACGCCUCGGACCCCGCCUGGGACUUCGCCUCGGCUCUCUUCUUCGCCAGCACGCUGGUCACCACCGUGGGCUACGGGUACACGACGCCUCUGACCGACGGGGGCAAGGCCUUCUCCAUCGCCUUUGCGCUCCUGGGCGUCCCAGCCACCAUGCUGCUGCUGACCGCCUCGGCCCAGCGCCUGUCGCUGCUGCUCACCCACGCGCCCCUGUCCUGGGUGAGCCAGCGCUGGGGCUGCGCCCCCCGGAAGGCAGCCCGCUGGCACCUGGCCAUCCUGCUGGGGGUCAUGGUGACCCUCUGCUUCCUGGUGCCAGCCGCCAUCUUUGCCCACCUUGAGGAGGCCUGGAGCUUCCUGGACGCCUUCUACUUCUGCUUCAUCUCUCUGUCCACCAUUGGCCUGGGAGAUUAUGUGCCGGGAGAGGCCCCCGGCCAGCCCUACCGGGCCGUCUACAAGUUGUUAGUCACAGUCUACCUCUUCCUGGGCCUGGUCGCCAUGGUGCUCUUGGUGCAGACUUUCCGCCGUGUGUCUGACCUCCACGGCCUCACAGAGCUCAUCCUGCUGCCCACCCCGUGCCCCGCCAGCUUCGAGGAGGAAGAUGACCGGGCGGACAUCCUGAGCCCCGAGCCCGAGCCACACCAGCAGCUCACCGCUGGCUCGCACGUGGACUACGCCUCCAUCCCCAGGUAGCUGGGGCAAGUGUCGGGGCAGCUGCAGACCAGGCCUGCGGCUGAGGGGCCCUCGGGACUGGAACCGAUGGACUAGCCCGUCUACAAGCACACGCUGGUGUUCCUGAGGCCCUGCCUGCACUGUUUGCCCUUGUCUGACCGGCCUGAGCACCGCCCGGAUCCAGGAGGCAGCACUGCCUUCUUUCCCCCACCCCUCCUAUCACCUCCCCGCACACUCUGUGCUUCCCUGACUUUCUCACCGUCUCUGUAUUUCUCAGGCUUUUCCUUGCACCAUCUGCCUCUCUCACUCGAGUAGCCACUCAUCACCUGCCGAUUCUCCCAGGCUCUGGGCUCAGACCUCAUUUCAGGUGCUAGAUUGAUCACUUCACCUCGGGCCAGUGACUGGCCCCCCCUGAGCCUUGAUUCACCUCUUGGGUCAAGUAGAAAGAAUAUAUUCCGUCAUUCAAAACUCCCUCCUCUGUGCCAAUCCGUGCCAGGCAGCGCUGGGGCCACCACAGUGUUCCAGAUGCUC